AGUGUAUUUCGGCCUGGUGCGGGGAUCGAAUGGGACCGUGAGAAAGUGUAUCGAUCCUGCCUUCUCGCAGCAUGUUUGUCCUGGUGGAGAUGGUGGAUACUGUGCGGAUCCCACCCUGGCUUUUCGAAAGGAGGCUAAAUGACGCCAUAGCUGAAGAGCUGAACAAAAAACUGGCAAAUAAGGUCGUAUAUAAUGUAGGCCUCUGUAUUUGCCUGUACGACAUUACCAAGCUGGAAGAUUCCUACAUUUUUCCAGGGGAUGGAGCAUCUCAUACCAAAGUACAUUUCCGUUAUGUGGUCUUUCGACCUUUUCUGGAUGAGAUUAUUACCGGCAAAAUUAAAGGCUGCAGUCAGGAUGGUGUUCACGUGACACUGGGAUAUUUUGAUGACAUCCUCAUCCCUCCAGAAUCUCUGCAGCAACCUGCCAAGUUUGAUGAGACGGAGCAGGUAUGGGUGUGGGAAUACGAGACUGACGAGGGCACACAUGACCUUUACAUGGACAUCGGUGAAGAGGUCAGACUCCGAGUAGUGGAUGAAACCUUUGUGGACACCUCCCCCACGGGGCCCAGUGCAGCAGAAAACCUGAACUCCCCCGCAGAGGAGACCCAGAGGAAGGAAUCUCCUUACACACUGACGGGCUCCAUCAGUGAGCCGGGACUGGGGCUGCUCUCCUGGUGGACGAAUGGUUAAUGAGCUGGACAGGAAGGACUCUAUUGGGAUGCAGCGUUGAGACGGUGGUGCCUGGAUGGAGCUGGAGCACACUCUGGCCUUGCUUCUCUCACUGAUUCCUGAAGGAUCCAGUCUCCCGAGACCAGGACAGAUGCUGGACCAGAGCAGGAAGCGAGCAAGAUCCUACUGCGACAGGGAACAUUUUCCUGACUAGAAAUGAACAUGCAUGAGUGGAACGUUAUUGGAAAAGCUUCCAAUAAAGACUUGGUUUGUCGAGACCAUGUUGACUACCUCACAGCACAGAGUGGCCUGACUUCGGCACAGGUGCUUAAAGUAAAAGAUGUUUGUGGAU